CAAUCCUGCUGCUCCGACCACACUCCGACCACCAGGUAGGCCCUCCCGAGAAAAUAUUGGGUACCCCAAUUGAUGUCAUGUUAGCAAAAUCAUAAUUCACUCUGUAAUGAACACGUGUCGCCCGAGCCCACCUCUGUCUGGCCAAAUUUUCAGCCCAUCUCUUUGCUCUCUAUCUCUCUCUUUCCCUUUCUCUCUCUCCUCCGCUUCACUCCUUUUCCCUUGUCUGACCCCGAGUCCUAGCCACCGCCGAUGGAUGCUUGUCUCUUCGUGUGCCUCACGGUCGGGAACCUCGCACUGAAAAUCCCCGUCGCCGCCAAGCCCGCCCGCUCCACCUCCACCCGUCGUCCUCCCCCCUGCUUUCGCAAGAUCAAGCUCAAGAGCUUCCCCUUCCAAACCGUCGCUUGACCACGAGCUCGCAACCAUGGUUACUCGAGGUCGAGCUCCGUGGCCAUGGCGGCCGUGAGCCUUGGGCUCGUGCUCCGGUGCCGGGGAUGGAGAAGACAUCGGUGAUGCCGAUUUGGACGAGCUGUUGGGAGGCACACCGUCGUCGUCCGCUUUUGGUUUCCAUGCAGAAGAUAAGGAAUUGCGAGGAAGCGGCAGAGAGAAAGUGAAGAGGGAGUCUCGCGAGUGAGGGAGGGACAGGAGGGGAGAGAGAAAAUGGGCUACACACAGGAGAAAAUAUCCCUGACAAUGGGCACAGGCAACAUGUGUCCAUCACUUGAGUGGACUAUGAUUUUGCUGACAUGGGUUGGGGUCAGGCGGUCCCUCGAGCUUCUUGACUUCGGGGGUCUUCAUAUUUUAGUCGAGCCUUUUGACGUACAUAAAGGAUAUAUCGAGAGAAAUCGCAGAGCCAAGAAUUACCCAAUCCUUGAGAAGUGUUGGUCGAUCUUCUUUCACUAUAUAUGGUUGCAAUUAGCUCUUUGUACACGCAGUGGUCCAAGUGCCGGUUACUUGGGGAUUUGUAGGUGAAUUCAGUGUAGUGGAACGGCUGCAAAUUGGACUCCAUUGACGCGUUGCUUUAAUCACAAUCUGAACUUCGUCGCUCUACGCCGACGCUGACUUCUCUGUGCACCCCCAAGGUCUGAUUUUUGGCGACUCCUUCGUAUCCCAGGAUCUUCCUUCACUGAAACCUCCCAAUUAGCUCUUUUUACAGAACGGUCCUCUUCUUUGGGUGAAUACAGCUGAGAGGAUCGGGCCCCAGAUGGAACCCAAUAGAGGUCAGGCUCUAAUCACCAUCCUCGCUUUGACUGUAGCAAGAGUGUUACAAGUCUGUAACUUUUGUCUCACGAACUCAAGGAGAAAUAGGGACUUGGAGUCAAGCUCGAGAAUGGACGAUAGGUCUGGAGAAAAGGAAGAGGCGUUAAGGAGGGACUCAGAGUCAACCUCGAGAACCGACAAUGCGUCUCACGAAGAGUUCGAUGUGUUGCUGAGUUUUCGGGGACCGGAUACUCGCAAUGGAUUUGCCAAUUGCCUCUACCAUCGCUUGAGAGAUGCUGGAAUCCGCGUUUUCUUGGACAAUGAAGAACUCCAAGUCGGUAAAGAAAUUGGUGGAGAGCUUUUGAAAGUACAUGAAAAGUCUCGAAUCUACAUACCUAUCUUCUAUAAGGGUUACGCUAACAGUUCGUGGUGUCUCCGUGAGGUUGCACUCAUGGUGGAAUGCACCUCAACAUCAGAUGGGAAGAAAGAGAUACUUCCCAUCUUUUACGACGUGGACCCUAACGAUGUUAAGCUCAAAACUGAGUUGUAUAGAAAAGCCAUACCCAAGCACAAGAAGAAGUUUGGCUCUGAUGAAUUGAAGCGGUGGGAAAAGGCCCUUGUUGAGGUUGCACAUUUAAAGGGGUGGGAUCUUAAAGGCAAAGGCCACGGAGAACAAAUUGAAUUGAUUGUUGAAGAGGUUUCCCGUAAGCUUAAUACUAGACACAUGAUUGUGACUGAACAUUUUGUUGAAGAUAGUGCUCAAAUGGAAGGCAUAAUGAAAUUGUUGGAUGUUAGCUCUGGCGGUGUACAUUUUGUUGGUAUCCAUGGCAUGGGUGGUGUUGGAAAAACAACUCUUGCCAAAGUCAUUUUCAACGAACUAACUUUUCACUUUGAACGUUGUAGUUUCCUUGAAGAUGUUCGAGCUUCAUCGCAACCUCCUGGUGGCCUUAUAGAAUUGCAGAAAAAGCUUUUAUCAGAUUUGGCUGGUUAUGGGAUUGCUAAUCAAAUUAAAGAUGUUGAUGGUGGGACUACAAUGAUAAAAAAAGCAUUGAGUAGUAAAAAAGUACUCAUCGUUCUUGAUGAUCUAGACAAGAAAGAGCAACUCGAAAAACUAGCCGGAAAAUCUAAUUGGUUUUGUUCUGGUAGCAGAAUUAUUAUUACAACUAGGGACGAAAGCAUCCUAAUGACUCAAGUGGGCUCAUCUAGUAAAAAGGUCCUCAACCAACCCAAAGGAGUUUUGCGUUAUGAAGUUCAAGAAAUGAGAUUUGAUUUAGCACUUCAUCUGUUUUAUAAGCAUGCAUUCAGAAGUGACUCUGUUAUAGAAGAAUAUGAUACUCUUUCAAGAGAAAUUGUUUGUACAGUAGGCAUGCUUCCUUUGGCCGUUGUGGUGAUAGGGUCCAAUCUUUUUGACUGGGGCAAAGAUUUGGGGCGUUCGGAUAAAAGAGAAGUAUGGGAUGAGACGCUGAAGAAGUUAAAGGAAAGCCCUUUUGAGGAUGUUCGAGAUACAUUAAUGAUAAGUUAUGAACGAUUAGAGGAUAAGCACAAAGAAGUAUUUCUCGAUAUAGCGUGCUUUUUCAUCAAUGCCGACAGAACAUAUCCGGUUAUAAUGUGGAAAGAUUGUGGAUACUUUCCUAGCAUUGCAAUGAGGGUUCUCUCUCAGAGGUCCUUGAUCAAAAUUAGAGAUGAUAAUAGGUUUUGGAUGCAUGAUCAAGUUCGAGAUUUUGGAAGGUACAUUGUUCUUCGAAGAUAUCCGCGCAAGUUUUGUAGGGUUUGGAUUCGUGAGGAUGCCCUCAAACUACUGGAGGGGAAAAAGAGAAAUGAAGAUGUUGAAGCAUUAAGCCUGGCUUCCAAUGGCUAUAGCCGCAACAUUGCAUCUGAAGAAUUAGCUGCUCUACCAAAUCUAAGGUUCCUUCGAGUGAAAGGCAUUGAUUUUUUUGGCAACUUCAAGAAUCGUCUUUCAAAGCUAACAUGGUUUUCUUGGGAAAUUACGAGUAAGGAAUUUUAUGCGGAGAGUUUUCAUUUUACUAGUUUGGUCGUGCUAGACCUUUCAAGAAGUGAUAUCGAAGAUGACUGGGGUGGGUGGAGCCAAAUCCAGAUGACAGAAAAAUUAAAAGUUUUGGAUUUAACGGAUUGUACAAAAUUGAGGAGGACACCCGACUUCUCUAAUUUCAUGUCUUUAGAGACAUUAAUACUUGCUCGGUGUACCAACUUAAUCACCAUUAACCCCUCGAUUUCUAAGCUUCAACUCCUAAAGACUUUGAAUAUCAAAGGGUGUAGUUCUCUUGGGGAGUUGCCUGAGGAAGUUGGUUCUCUACAAUCUUUGAAGCAUAUCGUCAUGCCACAAAAUUUUCAACCCUUGAAGCUUCCGGAGAUAUUUGGCAAUUUGAUAUCUCUAUCGAGUUUUAGAUUAAACGAACACCCUAAAAUCCCCAAACUUCCAGACUCAAUUGGAGGGGCGACGAAUCUUACCAGCAUAACUUUGCGUGGGUGCGUGGGGAUAAAGGAACUUCCAAGCUCAAUUGGGGAGUUAAAAAUGUUGGCAGAGUUGGAUGUAUCAACAUCAGGUGUAAUUGAACUACCCGAUUCUAUCGGAAACUUAAAGAAACUAAGGGUGUUGAGGUUAUGUAGAUCACAGAUAAAGGAGUUUCCUCAUACUAUUGGAGGACUGGAGAUGCUUGAAGGCUUAUAUGCCCACAAAUCCUAUGAUCUAACAGACAAAAACUUGGAGGAAAUUGGGAAACUAAUCCAUUUGAAGACAUUGGACUUAGCAUUUACUAGUGUUUCUAGAUUGCCUCUAGAGAUAAGUCGUCUCCAUCUCCAAAAUCUUAAAGUGGGUUCGAUUGAGCUUCGACAUGUGCCGGCUCUUCCAUCAAGUUUGAAAUUCCUUGCAGUUCAAGCUAUGGACUUCUCUCUUGUCCCUCACCCCUCAAGCAUCACCGAUUUAGAACAUCUAGAAUUAUAUAGAUUCAGCAAUUUGAGAAUUAGAGAACACUCUACUAGGCUGGACUAUGACUCAAAACUCAAAGCAGCUUUGAUGAGGGAGCAACCGUCCUAUCAGCUUCCAUCUCAUUUGUUGACCUUGAAACUCAGGAGUAUUAGUCCAUUGCCACAUUUUUCUAACUUAUUAAAUUUGAAGGUUUUGCAUGUAAUUGAAUGUCCAAUAUCACACCUACUUGUCACUCCAGGGCUAACACAUUUGAGGGAAUUGCACAUAAGUAGAUGUGAAUCCCUUGAAGAAAUACCCGGUCUAUCACUCUUGAAGAGUCUGGAGCGCUUGGAACUGAAAGGCUUGAAUGUGCUAGUUGAGAUUCAAGGUUUGGCAGAACUGCAAUCUUUGCAAUACCUCCUCCUUUCCGGUUGUGAUUUACUAGGAAAGUUACCCAACUUGAAUAAGUUGGGUAAGCUACAACAUCUAGAGCUAGAAGCUUGUCCAAAUUUAAGAGCCAUUGAGGGCAUGGAGGGCUUAGAAAGCUGGGUGUUAGAUAGUCGUGGCCGCACAAUCCUUGAAAGAAUGCCGAAUAUUUCAAGAUCGACUUGGCUUUCCCACAUAUUACCUAUGUAUGAUGUGUUCUUCAGUUUUAAGGGACCAGACACUCAUUUUAGCAUUGUCAAUUAUCUUCACUAUUAUAUGUUACGUGAUCGAGUUUCUGUUUAUAGUCAUGACGAUGACUUGAGGUCCGGUGAAGGGAUUGGGGAAGAGAUUCUACAAGCACUCACUAAUUCCAAUAUCUACAUACCCGUCUUCUCUAGAAACUACGCUUCCAGUCAUCGGUGUCUCCGCGAACUUGCCUACAUGGUAAAAUGCACAUCCGAAUCAAAGGGGAAAAGAAGAAUCCUCCCCAUUUUCUACGACGUGGAGAUUGAUGAUGUUAAGCUCGAAACCGAUAUAUACAAAAACGACCUAGACAAGCAUCGGAUGAACUUCGACCACAACGAAGUGAAGUCAUGGAAAGAGGCCCUAAUUGAGGUCGCAGCAAUGAGGGGUUUCGUCUGGAAAAAUAAUAGCUACGAAGAAGUACUUCAAAUAAUCAUUUCAGAGGUUUUUAGAGCAAGGAAAUUGUUAGAUGUUGACUCCUGAAGCCAUCUUUUGGUCGGUUGUCAAAGAUCUUCAGGUUACGGUGGUUUGAGAAAUCAAAUCAACAAUUAGAUCGUCAUUUUGAUAUCCAUUAAAUUUUGUCUUUCCAACUAAAAUGAAUUGUCCUUCAAUUGUAUAUUGCUGCAGCUACGAAGAAGUACUUCGAUUAAUUAUUGCAGAGGUUUUUACAGCAAGUAAAUUGUUAGACGUUGACUCCUGAAGCCAUCUUUUGGUUCGUCAUCAAAGAAAAGGUGAAUGGAUUUGCUAUCAAUAUACUAAAAUUUUCCCCAACUGCAUUCUAUUUCAAUUGUUUAGAGGAUCUAGAUAUUUCAUUAAUGAAAUUGGUUUACGAUGCUAAUGCUUAGGUGCAUUAUUUACAUGGUUAGCAUAUUUGUAUGAACGAGUAUAUCGGU